AUGGCGCCACGUGCACAGCAGGUAAAAGCACUUCGAAUCAAAUUGAAACAGAAAAAUAUUGUUCACCUUGAACAAACGUACACCGAUGAGUACUGCCCCAAUGGAUGGCGAGUCCAUCGGAAACCCAAUUACGAUCCUACAACUUGUGAUCCUAUGUCAACAACAAAAUGUGGGAAACCAUACCAAUGUGUCCACGCACAAUGUGGCCUGAACUUCUGCUGUGCUCAUCAUAGAACUCUACGGGAGUGGAAGGAACAAAAUGAACUUGAACAUGAAAUGGAAGAAUACGAUGACCGCUCUGAACUAUAA